GCAACAGUAGGUCGAGCAUACGAGCUCAGGUGGAGGAAAGACCAGAACAUUAUUUAGCCUUUUAGUCCUGAUUUUUUUUCCCCCCUGACUUGUUUUUCUCCAACUUUGAGGAGAUUCAGUAGUAAAGUUAUUACUUUGUAUAUCCCGGAGUGGGUGGCCCGCUGUCAGGCAUGUCUCCCCGGGCGGUCUGGCUCCUGGUCGCGCUGUCCGGUGUCCUGCACGCACACUCCUGCUGGGCUUAUAUUUGUCCGGCCAUCUGCCGCUGCAGAGCCGACACUCUGCGUUGCAGCAGAGACACUCAGCUGGCCUCUCGGGCAGUAUCCUUGCCUCGACUAAACUUCAGCCACCUGCCCUUGAAAGAAGUUCCCACUGAUGCUUUUAAGGAGCUGAUCAACAUUACAGUAAUUGAGAUCUCCCAGAGCGACUGCAUCACAAAGAUACAGCGGCACGCCUUCCUCUCCCUCCACAGCCUGAUUCAAAUAUCAGUGCUGAAUAUCAUCAGUCUGAGGGUUAUUGAAAAGGGGGCCUUCACUGACCUGCCAAAGCUAGAAUAUUUGAGCAUCUCUAACACAGGGCUAACACACUUCCCAGACUUCACAACUAUCUCUUCCCUGGCGCCGUCUAUCAUCCUAGAAAUGGCAGAGAACAUACGGAUCGACAUCAUUCCUGCCAAUUCUUUCCAGGGUAUUUCAGAGGCAUAUGUAGACAUGAAACUGUUUAGAAACGGCUUCAAGGAUAUAAAAUCUCAUGCAUUCAACGGAACCAAGCUCACCGCACUGAUUUUAAGAGACAACAUUUAUCUCAGUAACAUUGAAGAAAAUGCUUUUGAAGGAGUCACCGGUCCGACUUAUCUGGAUGUUUCCUCCACAUCUCUGAGGUCCCUCCCCCGGAAAGGAUUGGGGCAGGUGAAGUAUCUGAAAGCCAGCUCUGCCUUUGCUCUGAAGACCCUCCCUCCCCCGGAGAGCCUGGCCGAGCUGCUGAAUGCUGAACUCACAUACCCAAGCCACUGCUGCGCCUUCCACACAUGGAGGAGGAAACAAAGGGAAAGCGCCUUAAAGAACUUCACAAAGUUUUGUGAUCUCAGCAAAACUGAAAUAGAGCCUACUGCAGAUGGCAUGGAUUUUAUCGAUGACAUCACCUUUCAAUAUCCAGACCUGGAAUUUGAUUGUGUCAACAGCCCCUUCGUCACGUGCACGCCAACGCCGGAUGCUUUUAACCCCUGCGAGGACCUGCUAGGUUUUCCUUUUCUGCGCUGUCUCACCUGGAUCAUCACGGUGUUCGCUGUGACCGGUAACCUGGCUGUCCUGGCUAUGCUGCUAAUUAGCCAACACAAGCUAACCGUCUCCAGGUUCCUCAUGUGUAACCUGGCCUUCGCUGACCUGUGCAUGGGGCUCUACCUGAUGCUCAUUGCCUUCAUGGACAUCAUCUCCCGCCACGAGUACUACAACCACGCUACUGACUGGCAGACCGGGGCCGGGUGUGGAAUAGCAGGGUUUUUGACAGUGUUCUCCAGUGAGCUGUCAGUGUACACACUGACAGUGAUUAGUCUUGAACGCUGUCACACCAUCACCAAUGCCAUGCAUGUCAACAAGAGGCUACGGAUGCACCAUGUGGCACCCAUAAUGGGGGCGGGCUGGGUCUUCUCUCUGCUGGUGGCCCUGUUCCCUCUUGUGGGGGUCAGCAGUUACAGCAAAGUAAGCAUCUGUCUGCCCAUGGACAUCGACUCACUGGCCUCUCAGAUUUACGUGGUAGCCGUGCUCAUUCUCAAUGUUGCUGCUUUCCUGUUGGUCUGCUACUGUUACAUAUGCAUAUAUCUGAGUGUUCGCAAUCCGGAGCACUCUACCCGUCUUGGAGACACCAAAAUUGCCAAGCGCAUGGCUGUGCUCAUUUUCACAGACUUUCUGUGCAUGGCCCCGAUCUCCUUCUUUGCCAUUUCUGCUGCCCUGCGGAUGCCCCUGAUUACCGUGUCCCACUCAAAGAUCCUGCUCAUCCUUUUUUAUCCCAUCAACUCCCUCUGCAACCCUUUCUUGUACACACUCUUCACACGGGCAAUUAGGAAGGACGUGGGCCUGCUGCUGAGUCGCUGCGCUUGCUGCGGCUCUGACGCUCUGGUACAGGUCGCAGACUCUGGCUUCACAUCCCCACUGCAGUCAGAAAACACCCAACAGAAAAACUAACUCACUUAGCUUCUAUGCUUUUCACACUAAGCUGAAGGAUUGCUUUCUAAACAAGGGGACCACAUGAUCAACCCUGACUAUUGUUUUAUGAACUCAAAUGCAGCAUCUGCUCCUAAAUGCAGCAUUUAAUGUCAGGCUGAAGAGAUUCUCUGUCUUGUUCAUGGAAGGUAUCAGAUCAGAUUGGAUUUCGAAUCAUUUACAAAGUGAGAAUUUUAGGUGCUGCUGCCUCCUUUUCUGCAUGUGAUGAGGUACUUGGAAGCAGACGGACAGAGCAGGAAUGGGGGACAAAAAACGGGCAGUUUGUUUGCAAAGGUGUCCUCAAUCAUCGAUUGGUAUUAAUGUUAUACUGAUACUGUAAAGAAAACGUUUGUGUAAGAGACAAAUAGACAAAUAGUUCUAAUGAUGAGAUUUGAUUUUGAUGUUUUGAUCCUUAUUAAAAGGUAGAGAUUUCUAGUUUGAAUACUAUGAGGUAAAUGUGAUCAAAUGAACGUCUUUAGCUUGCUAGAGAUGAGUUUUAGUGCCAUCUAUUGUUGUGUUGAUGUACUCAGGAGACAUUUGGAUGUUUACACAGCAGCAUUUCACAUCAGCCAAGACUCUGUUGACCAGAAUUGAGAAAUUAGACAUUUUGGAAAAUUAAAAAGUGUGGUCAGUUACUAAUGCUAACUGUCUUUUACAAUUGGUUUUGGGUUUUUUUUAAAUGCUACUCGCAUCUUCGAAACUUUCAUUUUUGUUCUUCCCGUCACCACUGCUGAAAUCUAGAGAUAUGUUUGUAUCCACUGCUGUAACAGUGAUUAAUCUAAUCUCUCUCUGAAACCGUAUCUGAUAAAUAUGCUGAAAAGACUCUAGGAUCGGUGUGGCACAAUACAUUUUGGGGCAACAAAACAUCCCUCUUUGGCUUGGAGUUUAAUAUUUUUUAGGAGAUCUGCCCUCUGAUUUCAUAUCCCACUAAUAUUCUACCCACCGAUUGAACGUGGAAACCACUGCUAUGAAUUACAUUUACUAUGUGUGAAUGUGCAAACUA